CUUUUCAACCUCGCUGGUUUUAAUUCACUCUUAGGGAAGGAAAGGACUGGCAGAGGGUAAGAAGUGCCUUUCAAAAGAAAUUAAUGAAACCCAAGGAAGUUGCAAAACUGGAUACCAUGAUCAAUGAGGUCCUGGAGGACUUCAUGCACAGAAUAGAUGAUGUUUGUAACCACAAUGGACAAAUGGAAGAUGUCUAUUCAGAAUUCAACAAAUGGUCAUUUGAAAGUAUCUGCCUGGUGCUCUAUGGAAAGAGGUUUGGUCUUCUACAGCAAGAUGUAGAAGAAGAAAGUCUGAACUUCAUCAAGGCUGUAAAAACGAUGAUGGCUACUUUUGGAAUGAUGAUGGUGACCCCUGUGGAACUUCAUAAGGGUCUGAACACAAAAGUCUGGCAAGCUCAUACUAAAGCAUGGGAUGAUAUAUUUAAAACAGCCAAGCACUCCAUUGACUGUCGGCUGGAAAAGCACUCUGCAAACCCUCAGGAGGAUUUCCUCUGUGACAUCUACUCUGGAGGACAACUUUCCAAGAAGGAGCUCUAUGCUGCCAUCACAGAGCUCCAGAUAGCUGGAGUUGAAACGACGGCCAAUAGUUUACUGUGGGCUUUAUAUAACAUUUCACGCAAUCCACAUGUUCAGCAGAAGCUUCUCCAGGAAAUCCAGAGUGUUUUGGCUGCUAAUGAAAGACCAAGUGCUGAAAGCUUGAAGAACAUGCCUUAUCUAAAAGCAUGUUUGAAAGAAUCCAUGAGAUUAACACCAUCAGUGCCAUUUACCACUCGAACCAUUGACACAGAAAUGGUUCUGGGUGAUUAUGUGCUGCCCAAAGGGACCGUACUAAUGAUAAAUAGCCAUGCCCUGGGUUGCAAUGAAGAAUACUUUAAAGGCUGGACUCAGUUUAAACCAGAGCGCUGGUUUCAGAAGAACUUAAUAAAUCCUUUUUCGCAUGUUCCAUUCGGCAUUGGGAAGAGGAUGUGCAUCGGGCGCCGCGUGGCAGAGCUGCAGCUUCACUUGGCCCUUUGCUGGCUCAUUCGCAAAUACCAAAUCGUAGCAACCGACGACCAACCAGUAGAAACGCUCCAUUCAGGAAUACUGAUUCCCAGCCGGGAGCUUCCCAUUGCAUUUCACAGGCGAUGA